AUGUCUUUCGUUGUGUUGUUCCUUCUUCUAGUCAGUUACACAUCAUCACAGUACAUCAUCUCCCUCACCACAAAAACGGGCUUUCCAGGGACGUAUGUGAUCUUUCAGAACGCGACGUGUUACUAUGCCGGGAAUGGUGAGUACAAGUCCUUUUUGAUAAGGUUGACGGACUACGCUCCUUCUCCAUAUCCUUAUGUCUAUGUCGCCAAUGGCACAAGUUGUGCAAAACAAGUUGGGCAAGCACUUCCAUUAACAGAAACAUAUAUGUCCAAGUUCGGUCUUAACUUCUCUCUAACUAUCCCCGAGAAUGCCUUCAUAGCUCAUAUCUACAUCGAAAGUGAAAGUUGUGAGUUGAAGGACAAUAACUCCCAACCUUUAAUGGUCUACGCUCAAACAACGUGUUUCUUACGUGACGAAACUGGUAAGACGUCGGGCAUUUACAAGAUGAGUGGUGACGAUAUGACUUACACGAUGUACGACUACUCAAGUGAUUGCACAGGUAAACCCUUCCCUCUUGGUUUCAGAACACACAGAUGUCUUGUAGGUGAUAAUAAAGGAUUGGUCUUUGGCGAGAGAGAAGGGACUUUUGGCAUUCUUGCUGUUUUCCUCUCUUUUGUCUUAUUGGCUCUGUUCUAA